AAUAGAUCCCAUAAAAAUGUGACCAGCAACCUUAAAAUCUAAAGUAGAGCUUGACCUCAAUGUUCAAACCUGCAAAAAAUAAUGCACAAAAAUUCUUUUAAGACAUGGAUUGCUUGUACCCAACCCCCAUUUGCUCAUUUGACAAGCUGCCAUUUUAAAUUAGUCAAAAGAAAGUAAAGGGUAAAGCAGGAAAAAGGUACAAAUAUCUAUGCCCCUCAUCUACCAAUCAUAAAAUUAAUGGGUUUCAAGAAACUUGUAGUGAUGAUGAUGGGUUGUCUGGGAUGUGAUGGUCAGCCCACAGAGCCUUCUACUGAGAAAACUGAAUCCAAGUCACUUAUAGAUGAUGAAUCUGUUGUUGUUGUCACGUCACCUAGAGUUAAACUUGGUGAUGGUAGAUACCUUGCUUACAGAGAAAGAGGAGUACCCAAGAACAUUUCCAAAUACAGAAUUAUUAUUGUUCAUGGCUUUGGCAGCAACAAAGAAAUGAGCUUUAUGGCUUCUGAUGAACUCCUGGAUGAAUUGGAGAUAUACCUUUUGAUCUAUGAUAGAUCUGGAUAUGGAGAGAGCGAUAUAAAUCCAAAAAGAUCGCUUAAAAGUGAAGCGUCUGAUAUCGAAGAGCUAGCUGAUCUGUUGGAAUUAGGAUCCAGAUUCUAUAUAAUAGGUGUGUCGUUGGGAUGUUACCCUGCUUGGAGUUGCAUCAAGCACAUCCCCGGAAGGCUUGCAGGUGUGGCUCUAGUCGUUCCCUUUGUCAAUUAUAAAUGGCGUACACUACCUAAGGAUCUAGUGAAGGAUGAUUACAGGAAACAACUCUGCCGGUGGGUGAUUUGGAUCACACGUUAUGCUCGGGGGCUAUUACAUUGGUGGUUGACUCAGAAAGUUUUCCCAUCAGCCUCAGUUCUUGAUGGAAACCCUCAAUUUUUCUGUGACAGAGACUUGGAAGUCUUGAAGAAUACACCAGGAUAUCAAUUGUUCACUCAGGAUGGCCUAAAGGACCGAAAUGUAUUUGACUCCCUUUGUACUGACUGUAUUGUGGCUUUUGGGAGAUGGGAUUUUAAUCCGUUGGAGCUAACUAACCCGUACCCACAAAACGAAAGUUCAGUUCACAUCUGGCAAGGUUUCAAAGACAAAGUUGUGCCUGUUCAAUUACAAAGACACGUCUCGCAAAGGCUGCCUUGGAUUCGAUAUCAUGAAGUUCCUGAUGGUGGUCACUUGCUUGUUUAUGACAAUGCAGUGUGUGAAGCUGUCUUGACAUCACUUUUGCUUGGGGAAGAUCCUCCAUUAUACAGGCCAAAGUUAGAAGAUCACUAAGUAUUUAUUCCCUGUAAGUAGAUUGAUUUCUUGAAAUUAAUUAAUAAAAGUGUGCUUGAUUCG